CCCUGAUUGUCCUCACCUGUGUCUUGUUAGUCUCACCUGUGUCUGAUUACCCUAUGUCUAUUUAGUCUCUGUGUUUCUUCCCUUCUGUGUCGGUUCAUUGUUGUUUGUAUGUCAGUUAUCAUGUUACUUGUUGUUUCCUCGUGGCUAGUUUUCUACUGUAGUAAGUUGUGUGUUUGCCUUUGGUCUUUUUGUUUAAAUAAAUAUUUUUUUGUUAGAUCUGCAUCUUGGUCCUCCUCUUAGUUUUUCUCAAACUGUGACAGAAUGAACCGACCCACUCCCCUGUCCCUGUGGGAGGUCCUGCCCACUCCUAUGACUCUGUGGGAGGCCCUGCCAACUCCUGAUUCUUGGUUGGAGGUCCUGCCCACUCUUGUGUCUCUGUGGGAGGCCCCACCCACUCCUGUGUCUGUGUGGGAGGCCCUGCCAACUCCUGAUUCCUUGAUGGAGGUCCUGCCCACUCCUGUUUCCUCGUCAGAGGCCCUGCUGACUCCUGUGCCCUCGUCAGAGGUCCUGCUGACUCCUGCGUUCUCGUCAGAGGUCCUGUUGACUCCUGCGCCCUCGUCAGAGGCCCUGCCGACACCUGCGCCCUCAUCGGAGGUUCUGCUAACUCCGCCCACUACUGUGUCUUCGUGGGAGGCUCGGCCUCUCAGUGGUCCCCUGUCGUCUGGUCGGCCUCCAGGCCGCCCUCCUGAUCUGGUCUCCGUGUUCAGUCGGCCUCCUGGCCGCCCACCUGAACUGUUGUGGCCUUAUGCCUUCCAGGCCUGUGAUUGCCCUGAUGCAGACGAUGUCGUCCAGGUACCGGAAAUACAGGAGGGGUUUGAUAGGGAGUUUGAUGAAAGCCAUUUCCUCCCAGUGGGCCAGGGGGCGCCAAUGUGUGAGUGCGAGGUUGAUUUUAUGGAUGAGUUGAGAAAUGGCAGGUGA